GUCCAUGGAUUGGACGGCAGACAGUCUGCCGGUUUUGACAGCGCUUCUUCACUUCUGUCUCCUCCUGUGCUGUGUUUUUGGAGUACUCGGAUGGCACAUUUUAAGGUGAACGGGAUUCCCACCACUGGGGAAAGUCCAAGAGUGUGUCCUGGAGCAGAGUGAGGAGAGGAGGAGGGAAGAUUGCAGCAGUUUUUCCCUUCAUCUUUGCCUCUGCAGGCGUUUCUUCUGUGGAAGAAUGGGGGCAGGAGCUCUGACCAUCUGUCACAACAAGACAGCUGUGCAGGUUAAAGAAGACAUGAAGAAGAUGGUCCAGAUCCCCAUACUGCGACCAAGGACAGAGACAGCCAAACACACCAAGCUGUUUGGAGUGUCCCUGUUUGAGCUACAGGAGAAGGGACUGGUGGAGGACGGUGUGCCUCUGGUGUUGCGGAGGAUGGUGGAGCAUCUCCGCAAGCAUGCCUUGCAUCAGGAAGGUCUGUUCAGGGUGAAUGGUAGCGUGCGUGCUGUGGAGACCCUGAAACAGCGGCUGGAGAGUGGAGAGGAUGUGGACCUUCUCUCUGAAUCUGAUUUGUGUACAGUGGCCAGCUUGCUCAAACGGUACCUCAGGGACCUGCCUGUGGGUCUGGUGAACUCAACAGUCCAACAGGCACUGAUACAGUACCACCAAGAGUGUGGUGAUGAUGUCUCUUGGUCAGAAAUGAGAGACCUGCUCCAGCAGCUUCCAAACAUCCACUACAGUCUCCUCCGCUACCUCUGCCACUUCCUCACGCUUGUGGAGUGCAACCACAAGGAAAACCGUAUGACUGCCCUCAACCUCGCCACUGUGUUUGGACCCAGUGUCUUCCAUGUGGCUCCUGGUUUUGAAGCAAUGAAGGACCAAAAUAUCUGUAACAAGAUCAUGGUCAAGCUCAUCCAGAACUACAGCAAUAUAUUUGAGACCGCCACAAACGGAGAAGGCUGCGUUGAAGAACUGUCAACCCUUUUUAUUGUCAAGACCCAGGAGGCGCAUGUGACGGAUGCAGACAGAUGGAGCCCCCUCAAUUUAAACACACCGACACCGGUUCCUAGAGUGAAGGCUGGACAAAAAAAAACACAGCAAAAUGCAGAACUUCUGAACAGAUCCUCUACUAACACCCCAAAGGGGAGGCCGAGGAAAAAGAAGGUAAAGAAAGGAAAGAGUGACGGCAUGACUCAAGUCAUCCCUCAGCCUCACAACUCUGCUGGGCUGCCCCAUGCAAGGUCCCUCUCCAUACCAAUUGUUUUGCCCCUGACCUCAGAGCUGAGGAGCUCCAGUCCAGAGUCGAUGGAGACAGGUCGCCAAGACACCCCAGACACUGCCUCGCCACCCAGUCAGCGUGAUGUUAGCCCCUCUGGCAGCAUGGAGGCUAUCAGCAGCUCCCAAGAAGAGGAUAGGCCGAUUUCUCCUUUCUACAUGAGUAACCACCUCUCUCCUGUCCACUGCACACCAGAUGUGGUAAAUUUUCUGGACAGGACGAUUCGAUCAGCAGUAGAGCAGCACCUCUUUGAUGGAAACCCUGUUGGGGAUCAAAGUUUAAAAGACUGUGAGUUAACCCCACAUCAGCCAUCUCCGAGGGUGACACCAACUGCCCGACAAAGACGUCGACACCAGAGAGAGCAACAGGAGGAGGGGCUGAGACACAAGGAAAGAAACAGAGCUGCAUCGGUCCGAGAAGACACCAACAAGGAAAACAUCCCGUCGAGCAGUGGGAGCAGUUCAGCCAGUGUGGGGGAGGACACGGGCAGCAGCGUAGACUCACAGGGAGCCCAGAGUGGUCACGCCGAACACACCCCCAAACACAGAAAGUCGAAACACAGCCCGACGCUGGUGCAGCUCACCGACAACCAGGACGCCCACACAUUCAAAGAGUGUGUUGGUGAGAGACCUGGAGCGAGCCACAUGGACACAUUUCAGAAAGGGAAUAACAUUUCAAGAAAAGAUGGCCUUCCUUCUCCUACACAGACGUCAAGGAUGAAGAUCCAGGAGUCACCUGUCACUUGUGAGACGAGGAGGGUUGGUGGCGGAGAGGUGCGAGGCUCGGACCCCGACCGAGAGAGCUGUGAGGAUGUGCCCCGGCUGGACCUGACAGCACUUACUGAGGAAAACAACUGGGGAGAUUCACCAUUCUUUAACACCCCUUUCCUUGAUUUCAAAAGAAUUUUCCACACAAGUUGUUGUGAUGAACCAGUCCCAGCGUUCUCACCACUACAGAGGGAGAGCAUGGACCGAGAGGAAGCUCGACUGUCCCCUCACGCCGGGGGACGUCUGAUCCGCCAGCUGCUGGAAGAGGACAGUGACCCAAUGUUGUCCCCACGCUUCUACGCCUAUGGACAGUGCCAGCAGUACCUUGACGACACUGAAGUGCCUCCCUCACCACCAAACGCACACUCUUUUGUUAGUCGCAGGCGAAGUUCGUCUCUUGGCUCCUGCGAUGAUGAGAAAGAGGAACUGACGUCCGCUCAGAUCACAAAGAGGAUCCACGUACUGAGAAAGAAGAUCCACAGGUUUGAGGAGAGGUUUGAAGAGGAGCGGAAAUACAGGCCCUCCCACAGUGAUAAAGCUGGAAACCCAGAGGUGCUAAGAUGGGUUAAUGAACUGGCAAAGCUUCGUAAAGAGCUAAAAGAAAACAAGCUGAUGAAGUCUGAAGAAGACCUGCCACCUCUGACCCGCCAGCGCAGCAACACGCUGCCCAAAAGCUUUGGCUCUCAGCUGGAGAAGAAACCACAGCAAGAGAAAGUGCCGAAGCCUCCGGUGGAGAGCAGCCUGGAGACAAUCCUGAAGAAGCUGCAGGAGAAGAGGGAGGAAGUGAACCGCCCCGAGGACAUCAAGGAUAUGACACGGGAGCAGAUCGGAGCGGAGAAAGUCGCCCUGCAGAAAGCUCUGCUCUACUAUGAGAGCAUACACGGUCGACCAGUCACCAAGAGUGAGAGGCAAAUCAUGAAGCCGCUGUAUGACAGAUAUCGCCUGGUGAAGCAGAUCCUGUGCAGAGCCUCCUCCAUCCCCGUCAUCGGCUCUCCCUCCAGCAAGCGCAGAGGUCCCCUCCUUCAGCCUAUUAUCGAGGGCGAAACCGCACUUUUCUUCGAUGAUAUCAAGGAGGAAGAGGACGGCUCAGAGGAUGACGGGGACUCAAAGACACAGUUCACAGUCACUGUACGACCCGACCUGAGCGUGAUCAGCUUCCUGGACCACAUGGAGGAGGAAGCAGACGGUUUCAUUUCGCCUGUGGACGAACUUUCACCCUCUAAGAACGUUACAGACAUGAGGCUGUCAAACCUGCACUCCGCCACCACGCAGGAACUCGUGGAGCAACUCCAAGAGACCCGGGAGGAGAAGAAGAGACUCCGCAAAAACCUAAAAGAGUUUGAGGAACAGUUCUUCAGACAGAACGGAAGGAAUGUGCAGAAGGAGGACCGCUCCCCGCUGUCAGUCGAGUACAACGAAUACAAGCAUGUUAAAGCCAAACUGCGGCUGCUGGAAGUCCUCAUCAGCAAAAGAGACUCAUCUAAGUUCAUCUGAGGCAAAAAGACUCUUAACGGACUUCAGAGAUGCAAACACGUCUCACCCUGUCUGAGAAAAGAUCAGAUUUUUCCCUCUCGCUGCCGUCUGUGUCGCUCAUGUUUCUGACUUAGAGGAAAACUGUUCGCCUGUUAAUCCGUUCUGUCGAGCUCAGCAGGGUUUUUCCUCUGGAGCCUGCAGAGAGCCGCCGACCCACAACUGAUUCAAAGCGACACAAAGUCACCUGAGAAGUUCACUUCCAGCAGAAACCUCACGCUUACAAGAAGACGUUUCUCCAGACACUCACAAACACCCUGAAUCACACUUUUGUUGCUAAUAAUUUAUUUCUAUCCUAUUGAAUGUUUUUAUUGGAACAGAAAAGUUAUUUUUGCUCACACUUUACUAUAGAAGUCUUAAAAGUAAAAGCUUGUAAGUGUAAUAACAGAUAUGAAAUUAUUGCUAUUUUUGAAGAAGGAUAUUUGCGAUCAAGAUAUUUGUGUAUUUUUGUAAGGGAGACAUUACUGUUUGUAUAACUCCGCUCAGCUUAACAGUAUUCACUAAAUGAAUAGCUUUCUCUAUUACAGUCCAGACUAUUGUAUAAUAUCUGAAAUAAUCUUUUGUUACUUCUCGAGUUGUUAAAUCGAGUAUUUGCUCACUAAAAGAAGUGGUUUUUAAUUUCAAUACAUCCCAAAGACAGUGACUCAGAGUACAAACUGCGAACCAAAAUAGCUCAUAUUCAGUAAAAACGCUUAUUUUUGUGAUCACUGGUACUUAAGCAUUUGACUGUAUAUUUUAUGCAUCGACAUGCUUUUUUCCCUCUUUUACUUCCUGUCAAAUAAGCUAUUUCUCGUCUUGAAAUCACUGGUAUGUUUCUGCUCACACUGAUAAACACUGGCAAACGUUUGUGAGACGACUUUGGAGCAGCCUGCGUUUCCUUCUCGUUCUCUCCGGAGCUUGUUUGGCUCUUUUGUAAAUAUGGAUCACUUGUGUAUGUUUACAUUUCUGUGAGCGAGUACAUUUUUCCCUCCUUUCUCCAAAAUGGAUGAUUUAUCAGUGUGAAUUUCGUUUUUACUGAAUGUAAACACUGGCAAGGCCUAAUGAAUUUUGAGUGUGUACAUUUUAGUACAUAAAUUGUAUUUGUAUUUUGUAUAUAAUGUGAAUGAAAUCAUAUUUUUACUGA